GUUCCACGCCGAAAAUCUACAUUUUACUGCCAUUGGUGGCUGAAUUUUUCGCUGGCUGGAGAUUUUGGUACGUAGCAGCUGGAUUUAAACUGAAUCAUCGAAUACGCCUGGCUGGAGUCCACUAUGAGCGCCAGCGAAGAGUUCCAGGGCUGGCUCAACGAGCAGCUGCGCCAGCUCAACACAGACGAGGGGGUCUUUGGCUCGUACAUUGUGGGCAUACUCGAAGGCGAGGAGUCGGACGAGGAGAAGGCUGAGGGUCUCGAGGGAAUCCUCAGCGAAACCGGGUCUGCCAACAUUGACGAUCUGGUGGCCACCAUAAUGCAAAAAUGGCUCCACAGCCAUCCCAGCACCGACGAGCCGCCCAAGAAGGGCCUGGACAUUGAUGUGAACGCUCAGCUGGCCAAGCUGCUGGCCCAACAGAAGCUGCAGCAACCCGCCGCCAAAGAGCGCGAAUACACCGAAGAGGAGCGACGCAUCAAGAAGCAGAUUCUGGCGCAGUAUUCAGAGACUGCCGUUCCUGGGGAUGACGAUGAGCAGUCGGAGCCGGAGAGCGAUGAUGACAGCGGCGGUGUGGCCCGCAACACAAACAAGUCCGAUGUUCAGGCUCUGGCCAAGGAGAAGCGGGAGCAGGCGCGCCUGGACAGUGCGGCCAAGAAGCUCAAAGACAAGGAGGAUCGCGAGAAACAGAAACAGCUGCGCGAGGAGAAAAAGGAGAAGCGCAAGACCGUCAAGGGAGAGCGCCGUCGGUAGCCCGCCACAAUCCGAUCCCCGAAAUCAUAGUUCUGUGCAAAUUGCCAAUGCAGCAGCAGCUCCCCCCACACCGAGAGAGAGAAAGAGAGAGGGCAGCAGGAGUCUCCUCUAGAUACUACACAUAUAUCUGUACAUUAUAUAUACACUAACCGACUUUGACAUUGUAUUGCAAUUGAAACGCCAAAGUUUUGAAUGGA